AUGGGAGUCUGGCCCCUUUCCCUGAUAACUGUGCUGCUGUCUUUAGCCCUGGAAACUGCUGGACAAGGAGAAAGAAUUAUAGAUGGCUACAAGUGUGAAGAAGGCUCGCACCCCUGGCAGGUGGCUCUGCUCAGAGGCGACCAGCUUCACUGUGGAGGCGUGCUGGUGGACGAACGCUGGGUGCUCACAGCAGCCCACUGCAAAAUGGGUCAGUACCAAGUACAUCUGGGCAGUGAUAAAAUAGCGGAUCAGAGCGCCCAGAACAUCAAGGCCACAAGGUCAUUCCGACACCCCGGCUACUCCACAAAGACCCACGUCAAUGACAUCAUGCUUGUGAAGUUGGAUAAGCCAGCCAAGAUGUCAUCCAAAGUGCAGAAAGUCACGAUUACUGCACACUGUGAACCCCCAGGGACAUCGUGCACCGUCUCUGGAUGGGGCACCACCACCAGCCCAGACGUGACCUUUCCCUCGGACCUUAUGUGCUCGGAUGUGAAGCUCAUCUCCUCCAAGGAGUGCAAGAAGGUGUACAAGGACCUGCUGGGGAAAACCAUGCUGUGCGCUGGCAUUCCUGACUCUAAGACCAACACGUGCAAUGGUGACUCGGGGGGACCCUUGGUGUGCAAUGGCUCCCUUCAAGGUCUGGUAUCCUGGGGAACCUACCCUUGUGGCCAGCCCAAUGACCCAGGCGUCUACACUCAAGUCUGCAAGUACAAACGGUGGAUGGAUGAGACCAUGAAAACCUAUGGCUAA